AUGAAACCAACACUCCCUCUCGCGGCUCUGGCUGCAGUCGCCUUUGCCAAUCCCAUGCCCCAAGCCGUCACCUCUGUCAUUGCUCCAGAGGCGUCUGCUCCCGCUGGAUGUCAAUCAUCAUGGCCUGGUACCUUUGAGAUCACCGUCAAGAACGUCACCUCCGAGGCCAAGAGGGACGUUGAGAAACGACAAAAGGAUGGUACUCUCACGCUCACACUCAGUGAUGGUAUUCUGAAAGAUCAGGCCGGCCGCACUGGCUACAUUGCCUCGAACUACCAGUUCCAAUUCGACGAACCUCCUCAGGCCGGUGCGAUCUACACCGCGGGUUUCUCGGUCUGUGCGAAUUACAGUCUCGCGUUGGGGGGAUCUGCUUUGUGGUAUCAGUGCCUCAGUGGUAGCUUCUACAAUUUGUACAACACGAACUGGGCCAACACUUGCAAUGCCAUCUACAUCUACGCCAUGCCUGUUUCUUCGGCUCCCGUCACUCAGGUCUCAGAUGGCCAGCCUCAGGCAACUUCAGCUGUUCCCGUCACCCAGGUCUCGGAUGGUCAACCACAGGCAACUACAGGUGUUCCCGUCACUCAGAUCUCAGAUGGCCAGCCACAGGCGACCACUGGGGUUCCCGUUUCUCAGAUUUCGGAUGGUCAACCUCAGGCACCUACUGGUACACCUGUCAGCCAGAUCUCCGAUGGUCAACCACAGGCACCUACUGGUGCACCUGUCAGCCAGAUCUCCGAUGGUCAACCACAGGCACCUACUGGUGCACCUGUUAGCCAGAUCUCGGACGGACAACCUCAGGCUCCCACCGGCGCCCCCGUCUCUCAGAUCUCUGACGGUCAACCACAGGCACCAACUGGUGCUCCUGUGAGCCAGAUUUCUGAUGGCCAACCUCAAGCUCCCACCGGAGCGCCAGUCAGCCAGAUUUCUGAUGGCCAGCCACAGGCACCUACUGGUGCUCCUGUGAGCCAGAUCUCCGACGGUCAGCCUCAAGCCCCUACUGGUGCACCUGUUAGCCAGAUCUCGGACGGCCAGCCUCAAGCCCCCACCGGUGCUCCCGUUUCUCAGAUCUCUGACGGACAGCCUCAAGCCCCAACCGGAGCUCCCGUUUCUCAGAUCUCGGAUGGUCAACCUCAAGCACCCACCGGAGCUCCAGUCUCUCAGAUCUCGGACGGCCAGCCCCAAGCACCCACGGGAACUCCCGUCUCUCAGAUUUCUGACGGACAGCCUCAAGCCCCAACCGGGGUGGAGGCAGCUUCCAACACUGGAGCUGCUCCUGCUACCUACACUGGUGCUGCCAACCGUGAAGGUCUCUCUGGCAGCCUUGCCGUUGUGGCAGGUAUCGCUGGCGCCAUGGCCUUCCUGUAG